CGGUCUAAACUCUAAAGCACCAUUCUUGAUAUUCCCGAGUCUCGAAAACACAUCAAGUGACCUUAGCUCCCCCAUCUCACAAAAAAAAGGGAUAAACCGAAAAUAUAAUUUAAAGACUGUAAGAGGGAUUGAAUUUUGGCGUCUACUGGAAAUUUCACACCUCAUUACACUCGAAGACCACCUUCAUUUUCUCAACUCUUUCCAUUUCUUCGUUUUCUUUCUUUCUCGACUUUCUCCCAGUAAGCUCUCUCUUUCUCUCUCCUCCCAAACUAUAGCUUUCACAGAUAAUUUCAUUAUUCAAGAUUUUCGUGUUUAAUUCUAAAUUUACACUGGAAUUUUGUUACAGUUUGAUUUCAUGAUUUGAGGGUUGGUGUAAAAUGGCGAGCGAAGCACCCCCAUCAAAUCCCUCCGACAAUAACCCCUCUAAUCCAGCUCCGGAACCUGCACAAUCAGUAGAGAAUAAACCCCCAGCAACACCGGAGCUUCCUGCAGAAAAUUCACCAAAAUCUGUAUUUGUAAAUUCUCAACCUAUACGAGAGGAUCAGGUACGAAAUGCUAUCAAUUUCCUCUCUCACCCAAGAGUUAAAGGAUCUCCCGUGAUUCACAGAAGAAAUUUUCUCGAGAAGAAAGGUCUCACAAAAGAGGAAAUCGAUGAAGCAUUCCGCCGUGUACCUGACCCAUCUCCUGCUGUUGCCAGUGGUCAAAGUAGCACAAAUCAAGUUGCACAACCAACUCCUGCUACGAAUAUUCAAGCUCAAGUCCCUCUGCAAGCUGUGCAGUCUGUGGCUCCAGUUCAAUCCGGUGUCAUGUCGACAAUGGCUAGAAGAUUCCACUGGUCGCAUGCGGUGCUUGCUGUAGGAUUUUUGGCCAUAUCUGGUGCUGGAACAGCUAUAGUUUUUAAGAAUUCUCUCAUUCCUAGGCUGAAGUCUUGGAUUCGUGGGGUUGUUAUGGAUGAAGAUUCCCAUGAAGAGGAAACAGAUAAAAAACCGAGUUUGGCUGAAGAAGCCACGGCAGCUGCAAAAGCAGCUGCUGCUGCAGCGGCUGAUGUUGCAAAGGCCAGUCAAGAAUUGGUGAUCUCAAAGAAUGAGGAAAAGGAACGCUUUGCGGAUUUCAUGAGCUUGUUGGAGGUGCAAGUUCAGGAGCUCAGGUCAAUGAGAAGUGAAAUGACAAGAUUAGAAGGGAAAUCACACAGUGGUGUGAGAAGCAAUGUCAGGGAAGGAUACCUAGAUGGCUCUAAAGCGCGUUCAGUGCAACCAAUGGGCAGGAAUUCUGAAUUUGACAUGCGAUCAGUGAGGUCGGUUUCACCACCUGCAUCAGCUGAGCCUCCUCAUCCAAAAUCCUAUGGGGAGAUCAUGGCUAUGGUGCAGAGAGGGGAAAGACCACCUAAUGUCAGAGAAAUUGAUGAUCAACCCCCGAAUCCUAAUCAACCCAUAUCAAACCCAAAUCUGGCUCCUAGAGCUAAGCCUUGGGAAGGUGGUCUGCCUCCUAACUAUGAGAAUCCCGCGCCUUGGUAUGAUAGCUGGUGGAAGCAAAAAGAUAGAAUGGCUGAAUCCAGAAAGAUGGAGGACAGUAAUCCUGUACAUGAACGCAGGUGGGUCCCACCUCAACCUCCAUCUGUAUCAAUGCCAGAAGCUGCUGCAGCCAUUCGACAGGCUAAAUCAAUUCCAAAGGACUUUAAUCUGGGGGCUGACAAAGCACCACAGCCUGUGGAGGGGCUUGAUGAGUUGCAGAGAGUUACACAGUUGUCUGAAACUGUUGGUAAAUUAGAUUUGAAUGUAGAAGGGGAAAGAUCAGAAACAUUCUCUAGUGAGAUUCAAGAAGAGCAAGAAGAAGAGCAAGUUACUGAGAUGUGAAUAGAGAAGCAAACAGAUGGAUUCUAAAUCUUACCGUAUUCACGUCUCAAGUGCUUAAUAUGUAAUGUGGAGCACAGAGUAUAUCAAGAAUAACAGAUUGGUGACUACCAAGUAAUUAGUAUACUGAUGUAUCCACAGUAUAGGGUUAUGCAUUCUUUAAUAUAGUUCAAUCAAAGAUUUCCAGUGGAUCAUCUUCGUUGCAGUCACUCUACAAUACGAAAUAAAAAGAUAAUAUGCGCUUGGAUUUUGAUUCCUCUUGGUUUUAGAUGGAUGACCAAAUGUAAGUCGAUUUUAUGAUGAGCAAAUCAUCCAGGUUUCAUCUUGUUAGGACAAUUCCAUUGUUGGCUCCUAGAAUUGUCUCUUCAUUGUCUUUACUUCAUUUGAUUGUGGCUUGUCUAGCUAGAAUCGAAAUUCUUAGGACACGGGCCCAAGUAAAUUGUUAAUAAUGAACAGAUGUCUUGAACGAUUAUUUGUCAAAUUCUACAAAGUUGUCUCUACUUGUACAUAUGAUCAAAUUAUAAUAAUUAAGUACAAUAUGAGGUUGAAUUAUAAUUU